UGCUGAACAUAAAUUCCAAUAUUCUACACUUUGGUUGGGUACGUAAAACCAUGGAAUUUUGUGGCCGGAUUACCCGUUUUGGAAAUGUCCAUCGUUGAAGCUUCCGGCGAAGAAACCACAAUCGUUGCCCGCUGGAGCUUCUGAUUGGAUUGGCUUUGGAGUCCACUUCUCUUCGAGGAAGGAGCUUGUUUCUCAGCCUUGGUUUCUUGGAUAUGUAGGCUUCGACGAGUCACCACUGCAAUCGGUUUUGGGGGAAGGAACACUGGGUUUAUGAGUUGAGUUCUGUUUGUAGAAGGUGGUUUUGUGAUGAGUUCGAUGUCAUGACGAGACUGGUUAGCAGAUCCAAUAUACGAUUGUUAUUCGUGAUUGUAGGCCUUAAUUUUGGCUUUACGGGAAUGGUUUCUUCACUUCUUGAAUUGCAUUUGACCUGAAGUUGUCCAGACCGUAUAGAACUCCGUAUUGAAAAGGAAUUGUAGUUUUGGUGGAUUUUGAAUUUGGUUUUUUUUUUUUUCAGAACCGAUACUGGGUUUGUAAUUAUUUUAUUAUUCAACGUGAUUCCUUUUUACAAUUGGUGGUGGUUGGUGGAGGUAAUAGCCGGAGUUGGUGCACUUCAGACUUCAGUGUUGGGAAGUAAUUCAGUUUUUGGAGAAUUGAUUGUUUUCCUGGGAAGUUACAGGAGAUGAAAGUCGAAGUUGUGGGGUUGGAGGUAUAAUGACUGGAGGGUCAUUGGGUCUUCGUACGGGAAGCUAUGCAUCACUGCAUCUACAGCUACAAAAUGGUGCUUUGCAAAAUUCAGCGACGUCACCGCUUGUGCACAAGCCUUCGAAAACAAAUCUUUCAAGUUCAAGAGAGAGGGAGAGAGUUAUGCCCUUGUUUUGUCGAUACUUCGGUCGGAGAAGGGUUGCCAUGCUCCUCUUGUUUAUCCUUGCUCUUUUGGUUUUUGUAUUUGGAUCCUUUGCAGUCAGUAGAGAUAGCAGUGAUUUAAAGGCACCUUAUGAAGAAACUACCCUAAGAGAUUUGAUAAACCAUGCUGUUCCAAAAACAGAAGAAUUCAAGGAUAUUAUAACUUCUACACAUGGGAAUUUGAUUAAUCCCCCUUUCCCUCAUUCAAAUCGUUCUUUAAUCUCCUAUUCUUUUCCUCGACAUUCCCUUCCAUCACCACAUCCAUGCAGAAACUUUGCUCUUCCUCCUCCAGCUCCAGCAAAUGGAAAGCGGACUGGAGCACGGCCUUGUCCAGUAUGUUAUAUCCCUGUGGAGCAGGCUAUUGCUAGUAUGCCAAUUGCACCAUCAAUGUCUCCUGUACUACGCAAUUUAACGUAUAUUCAUGACGGAAACCCAAUAAAAACAGAACCACAUGGGGGGUCUGAUUUUGGUGGAUAUCCUUCUUUAAGACAGAGGAAUGAUUCUUUUGAUAUAAAGGAGUCAAUGACAGUACACUGUGGAUUUGUUAAAGGAAGCAAACCUGGUAAUCAGAGUGGUUUCGAUAUUGAUGAAGCCGACCUUGUGGAGUUGGAGGAGUUUCAUGAGGUCAUUGUUGCAUCAGCCAUAUUUGGAAACUAUGAUGUACUACAGCAGCCCAUUAAUAUUAGUGAAGAGUCAAAAAAAUUUGUUCCUUUCUACAUGUUCGUUGAUGAAGAAACGGAAGCAUAUAUGAAGAAUUCCAGCCUCCUAGAUAGCAGAAAGAGGAUUGGCUUGUGGAGAAUCAUUGUAGUUCAUAAUGUUCCUUAUGCUGAUUCAAGACGUAAUGGCAAGAUUCCCAAGCUUCUUCUGCAUAGGCUUUUCCCGAACAUUCAAUACUCAAUAUGGAUAGAUGGAAAACUUCAGCUUGUUGUGGAUCCAUUUCAAAUUCUUGAGAGAUUCUUGUGGCGUCAAAAUGCAACUUUUGCAAUUUCAAGACACUAUAAACGAUUUGACGUCUUUGAAGAAGCUGAUGCUAAUAAGGCUGCUGGAAAAUAUGACAAUUCCUCCAUUGACGAGCAGAUUGGAUUUUAUGUUAGUGAGGGUUUAACACCAUAUUCCUUGGCUAAGCUUCCUAUAACGAGUGAUGUUCCUGAAGGAUGUGUUCUAAUUCGAGAACAUAUUCCUAUAACAAAUUUAUUCACUUGCCUUUGGUUCAAUGAAGUUGAUCGUUUUACUUCAAGAGAUCAGUUAAGCUUCUCAAUGGUGAGAGACAAGAUAAUGUCUAAAGUCAACUGGAGCCUUAACAUGUUCUUGGACUGUGAAAGGCGCAAUUUUGUUAUACAGACAUAUCAUAGAGAACUACUGGAACACAUGCCUCCUCCUGCCAGAGCAAUUCUCCCUCGCCCUUCGCUAGUGCCCGAUGGUCAUACUGUUUCUAAGCCUUCGGUUCAUAUUGUUCAAAAGUCUCCACCAGUAAAGAGAAAUUCUUCCAAGCGAGGAAGAAGCGAUAAGAGGUCCACUUCAAAGCGGCAUCGUAAAGUUAUUGCUGGACAUAGAGAGGAUAAUUCGUUCUAAUUCGAUUCACAUAAAAAAGAAAGUGUUCUUUUCUUUUCUUUUUCCCUUGACAUUUUUAGUUUCAAUCUCAUUCUCGUUCCCUCAAAUUUUACCAAUUUUGUACUGGAAAUUGUUGAUAUAUCUAUAUCUAAUAUAUAUUGGUUUCUGUUGUA